UUUACUGUCUACUCCAGACUCUAGUUACAGCCAUUAGAGGCACAUACUCUCCACCUAAUCCUACUUCACUCUCGCAUUCAGGUUUCAGCCACCCCCGCCUUAUCUCUCUCCCGCGGGUCUUCGGGCCAACCGUCACCCUCCUCACAGAUCUUUUCUUCUUCCACACGCGUUCUGCUUCAUUUCUCUGUGUCGUUCUACCAUUCUUUUGCUAUUGGUUCUAUUAAGUCUAUUUGUCGGUAAAAUCUUUGGAAGAAUGCAAGAACUAUGGGAGGGAAAGGAGGGCCUUGUCACGGUUGCAAUUAGUAAUGUAUUGAUAUUGUUGUCAAUUUAUUAUUUAGGUGCCACUCAAGGACUCUUAACACUUGUCAAGCAUUGAACCAGCAAGUGCUCUGCUAUUAAGAAGAAAGAAGAUUUCAUUUUAUCUUUUAUUUUUCAAUUGAUGCUAGUGUCAGAGGAAUGUCCAUUAUGCUUCCUCCCUUAACUCAUAUUUCUAACACGAAUUCGCUGCUGCUCCUGAGCAAUGUUGGUGAUUGUGCUUGUGCAAUUUGUCCCCGAGUAACACUUAAAGUACAACCUCAAGUGUCUGUGGUGAAGACUGAAGUCCCUAAAUCAACAUUAUUUGUUUGUUCAUCUCAAAGGGUUUUACCAGUUCAGGAGCUGCAUAUAAUAAGUGCUGAUGACAAAGAAUCAGUGGGAGUUGAAGAAUACAAUCAGUCAAAAGUUAAUAUUGAUUCGUUGGAAUUGAGUUAUGUGAACAACGGGAAUGAGGCUGGUGGCCUUAGUGACUUUGUAGAACCUCAGAACAAAGAAAUUCUUAAGGAGAGGAUCAGAAGAAUGAGAAUAGGACUAGCCAACAAAGGAAGAGUACCUUGGAACAAAGGAAGGAAACACACUGCAGAGACCCGUGAGCGAAUCAGGAUAAGAACGUUAGAGGCAUUAAGGGAUCCAAAGAUACGGAAGAAGAUGGCUGAACAUCCUCAUUUUCAUAGUGAUCAAAUCAAGGCAAAAAUAAGUUAUUCGCUGAGACGUGUUUGGCAAGAGCGUCUGAAGUCAAGGCGGUUGGGGGAGAAUUUUUUGCUUUCAUGGCAACAAGGCAUAGCAAAUGCUGCUAGGAAGGGAGCAAGUGAUCAAGAAGAACUAGAUUGGGAUAGCUACAGUAAGAUAGAACAACAAUUGGAGGUCCUCCAACUUCUUCAGGCCAAGGAAAAGAAAAAGGGGAAAAAGUUGAUGGCGAUUGCUGCAGCAAGGAAUUUCAUUCAGUCAUGGAGGGAAUGCAUAGCCACAGCAGCUAAGAAAGGAGGGAGUGGUGAACAAGAACUAGAAUGGGGGAGCUAUCAGAAGAUAAAACAAGAAAUGGUUCUCCUCUAUAAGCUUCAAUGUGCAUCAGAAAAAGCAAGGGCAAAAGAGUUCGCAAGAGUAAAAGCAGAGAAAGCUGCACGGAUAAAGGCAAUAAGGAAGGCAAUGCUUGCUGAAAAGAGGAAAGAACAUCAGGAGAGGACAAAAGCGAAGGGGGAUACGAAGAUCCGGCAAUCUAGAAAAGGAAAGCAAGACAAUAUUGAUUCUGAAGUUACUAAAGAGUUCAAACUUGCCUGUAAAUUAACGAAGAUUCCUGUAAAUAAGAAUAUCAUCAGCAGUCAAGUAUCUAGAGAAGGAGAUGUUUUCAAUUCAAUUUUCCCAACUUACAAUAAAUUGGAUAUAGAGCUUAUCAAGAGAGAAAAGUUGCAGAAAGGAGUAUCACUUGCGGAUCAGAUCAAAGCUGCUAGGGACAGAAAAGCCGAACUACACUGAUAUGGAAUCUACUGCAUAUUCUUGUUACUUAUUUACUUGGAGAUCUAUCUAUAAAUCUGUUUCCAUGUGUUGAAACAAAUAGUUGAUUAACCACUAUUUGGUAGUUGGGGAGAGAGGGUGUGAAGAAAACCAGUUCGGUUGGAAGGGAAUGGAGUUGGUUUGGUUUAGUUUAAGCUCGGUUAGAUUUUAACUAGGCUAGUUAUUUUGGUUCCUUGUUUUCCUCUAGGUAAUCUUUCUAAUAGCUUCAUGAUUUUGGUUGUAGAGAGUUUCUUGGUGGUUUGGCCAAAUUAUUAAGGAAAGAGAAAGAAGAAACGGUUUAAUGGCUAAACCGUGAAA